CGUAGGCGGUGACAGUCCCACCGCCCAGACAUACUGCCAGACAUCCCCAUCCGGCGCGUCAAGUCUGGUUCUCGACUCAUUUUGAAUAUCCUCAUCUCAUUCUUGAUUCUUCCAAACCCACCUCUACUCAAUUGACUUCAGUCCCUACCGACCAAUUAACCACUCACCACACAGACCACAGAACCCACCACCCCAUCACCAACUUACCCUGCAGCAUCAUGACCACCCGCCCUCUCAGCCCGCCUACCUCCCCCGCCCGGAAACGCACCUGCGCCCCUUCCCUCCCCUCCUCCCAACGCCUCUGCCACGACUGGAUGAUCGUACAAGGCAACGUGCACUACGCGCGCGACCGCGCCCACUUCACAACCUACCGGCCGGUCACCCUGCGUCUCAAAAACAACAUCUUCAACCCGACCGAAGAGCUCCAGGUGGCCGGCAUCGGCACCGUGCAGAUCCCCGUGGUGCGGAGUCUCGACAACCCCUUCGAUACGCACACCAUCACGCUCGACCACGUGCUGCAUAUCCCCGAGGCGGUGUGUAAUGGGUUUAAUCCCUUGCUGUAUGGGAGUAGUAUGUCGUGUACGGAGACGGCGUGGACGGGGGCGGAUCGGGAGGGAAAGGGGGUGUGGG